GCUUCGAAUUCAAACGUCAUGUCUUGUGGUCGCCUUCAUUCUCGCUGCGUGUGGCCCGUGCAGGGCUGUGCGGGCCAAACAUCUACUCCCGCCGACCGCGACAUAUCAACUUUCACCAUCGUCACCGCCCACUCGCCCGCUCGACUUUCCUGAUGCAGCGAGUCGAGCGAGGCCAUGGGCACGGUUUGCGCUGCGAAGCGUCCCUUCUGUCUUCUUUACCUCCAUCCGCCAUCUCCAUCUCCUCUUCUCACCUUCUCUUUCUCCCAUAUUCUUGCCCUGGUUUGGCAAGGACCUCUCGACCUGGUCGUCGACGUCGUCAUCCUCACAAUCCCUCCCUCUCAUUUCUUUCUGCCUCUGGUAGGCAUCAUCAAUCCACCACUCGUUUGCAUCUCCGACAUGUCUUCCCCCCUCAUUCAGCAAGCGGCAUCGCCGUCUUCCCUCCCUUCCACGUCGUCUUUGGCUCCUUCUCCGCCCCCGCGAAGUCCUUACCUUGAUGCAGCCAAGUCGCGCAUCACCCGCCGCCAUCCGCCGCCUCCUCAAAGACUGCUGCUCCUUCAGCCUGAUGGCCUCGCCCAUCGUCUGAGCAGCGACCGACUCGUGCAAGAGAUUGCCGAGGCUCGCCGCAUCUCACGUAACAUCAGCUCCCUUUCGCUCAAGGCAGGCUUGCAUGGAGGCCAUCACAUCGAGGCCAAGCAAGGUCCACUGGGAGGUUACGAUACCCGCAGCGCUCAAAUGGCUCGCCGACGACGCGCAGCAAGUCAGUCAGCUGCUCUCUCUCCAUCUCGCCGCCCUGCUCUUUUCCGCCGUCAGCAUCAACGCACCUCUUCGUCGAGCUCAGCAGCGACAGAGACGUACCUCGUCGACUACUAUGACGAUUCGAGCCCGGAGUUCACGCCCCUCUUUACUCCUCCCGCCGAGAGAAGAGCGCCAUCAAAGAAGAGGAACUCCCGUCGCUCCCAGUCAGCGUCUGCUACCAGCUACCCGUUCCCUCUUCCCCCUCACAGCAGCGAUGAUGGCCACAGCGAGCAAGAGGGUGUCCACUUCGGCGGGCUUGGUCUCGAUCUUGGUCCCAAUUGGAACGAGCUCAUCGACCGACCAGAUGCCAUCGAGUCGCCAUGCCCGGCUCAAGCCUGCUACGAUUCGGAUGGUCUCACGGGCUCUCAAGGAUGGUCACCGGACACGACCGCCUUCGACACCGGAAGUAACAUGGCUUCGCCUUUCGUAGAUGACAUCUCCCUCGGCGGUUUCGCGGGCCACGUCCAGCCUCUGAGCAUCCGCAAAGCGAGUACAAUGCGGCGCGCCAGCUCAGACGAUGAGACGUAUCUCGAGCCGUUCAGCAUCGACGCAGAGGCCGCCGAUGAGACGGAGAAGCUUGCUCGACUGUCCAACAGCCUCUCGCUCCUCAGCAUGGACGCUGAAACCGAGCACGAGGAGGCGACUGCCUUUAUUCAAGAGGCAGAGGCCGGCAGCGCCAUGUCGCCCUCUGUAGUGCGUGCCAUCUACUCGCCCGAGCGCGCUGCACCAUCCUUGGCAGAGCAGCUGGCAUUCGCCUGCGGUAAUGGCUACCAAUACCGCGGAAGCACGCCUGCAGUCGGCAUGGCGAGAGUGGUCAGCUCCAGCGCUGAAGGCUACUUGCCUCGUCAGUCAAAUGGCUCGUCACCGGCCAUGAGCCUCUGCCUCGACCCCCUCAGCGGGCUCAGGGCUGAAGUCGGAGACAGCUGGAGCGAUGCUCACGGUCAUGGCAGCGACAGGCAGUCGCGCUGCUGGGACGAGGACGACCGCGAGGAGGACAGCUUCUGGGUCAGGAGGGAGUCCAUCGCCGAGGAGGGGAGUAACGACGCCAGCGUUGUCAUCGACGACGACGACGACGACGUGGCCUCGAUGGGAAUGCGAUCCGCCCCUGCCAAGUCUCGCCAGGUCAGCCUCUUCCUGCCUUCUCCCACGAUGGUGUCCUCGCCCAUCCUGUCUGGCGUGCUCUCUAGCACACCUCCGAACAAUUCUGCCCCUACGGAUUUCCAAGCCCUUGCCGCCGCUCACAAGGAGAUUCGCGUCGAGCAGCUCUUCCGUCAGCCUUUCGCAGAGUCAGACACCUCACCCGAGUCGCCAUCUAUUGAGGAAGUUCCUUCAAGGCAGGAACGCGCUGCGUCCCCUACGGUCAACGAGCUCCAGCAGCUGCCGACUGCGUCGCCGGACAUGCACUUCUUUGGUCAAGAAUUCGGCAGCUAUCUAAGUCUGAUGGAUGCUGGCUCCCCGAAAAGUGAUGACAUCAAUGAGGCCCGCACAAAUGGAUGCAGGCGCAGCCCACGACCGCCUCCAAUCACGCUGCCCAAGUCCACUUUGUCUCCCACGAUGGACGCCGAGGCUUCCUUUGACCUGAGCUCGUUCAAGACGCCCGAGCCUCUCAGCGACUUACCGUCUCCUACCGCCACUGACGGAGAGCGACCUUUUCCUUUUGCGGGCGUAAGGCCAUCAAUUGACAUUGUCGACAGCCGCACUGCCCUGCCAGCGUCAUUCUCCAUGAUGAACACACCCGCACACCCGCAUCAGUCCAUCUGCUCGGCCGUGAGCAUGGCCGUGACGCAAAGUCGCGCCACUGAGAUGACGGCAAGCACAUCGACGUCGUCUGUUCUCGAUCGGGGUCGCCCGAUCCCGGCGAGCGCCUCGUGCGGCUUCCUCGGUCGCAAUCGUGAUGAGAAUAUUCGGUUGGCAAGGGCUCAGGCAGCUGCGACGCUCGAGGGUACACCGGCUACGGCAGGGCCAAAGUCGCGGGUGACCGGUCCGUUGACCGAAGAGGCCAUUGCCAAGUCUCAAAUGCCUCGCAUUCCCAAGAGAAGCACAUCGAUGGGCCGCCUGCGAAUAGAGAGCCAGUCUGAGGUGUCUCCAUCAAAGGACGCUGCUGCACUCCCGACACCUCCUCUCCCGCACUCCAGUGAAGCCGAGGCGAUCCGCCGCGUGUGGUGGCAGCAACAGAUGGAGCAGCGAGAGGCCUCGCCGACAUCCAUUCGCCCCGUGCUAGCUCCGUCAGCAUCAAUGCCUGCCUCGUUGAUUCCAGGCCACCCUCACAGCUCGGAUGCCCCGAAACGCCCAUCCAUCAGCUCAUCGGCCACCACGUCUUCGUCCUUUAUCGAGCGAAGCAGGUCUCCUCGUCCGCGUGCACUGAGCCGAGGGGCCAGCGAAGCGCUCAAGAAGGAGUUGGCAGCGAGCACAAGGCCUCGCGGGCUUCCAGCUUCGCAGAGCAUGGUCUGUCUGCCCACAACGCGCGCACCUCAUACGCCAGCCAAGAAGGUGGCAUCGAUGCCUCCGAUCCAGAAGGAGACCGCACCUUUGCCCCUGCCCACCCUCUUCAUCGCCCGCACACACUCGCAGCGCCUUCGGGGCGACACGGGCAUCGCUGAGACGAACCCUCGCCUGAUUGCCAAGGCGACGCGUGCCCGCCGCGAGGUUAGCAACGGCAUUCUGCUGCACUCGACGAUGCGAGCUGCUCCUACCGCAUCUCCCGUACCUGCUCAGCGUAUCCGGUGGGCCAGUGUCGAGGCAGCUGGACGAGGAAGCAUGGACAGCCAAAGCUCAAAGAUGCAGACGCCCAGUGGUGUGAUCUUGGUUGUGGAAGAGAAGUCGGUGACCAUUGCAUGAGCGUGGUGUGUCUUGGCGUAACAGUCCUUUCAUCUAAUGCAUGGCUUUUAUACAAUGACUUCGUCAUUC